AGAGUGCAUGAAUGACGUAUUGACCUUCCCAGAGCUUCUCCCCCAUGAUUUUGAUGUCCCCAUUGGUGCUGGUGUGUACUCUCGAGUCCUACGAGAGGACGAGUUUGACAGGGUCACAUCCGCCGAAGAUACUCAAGACAUCCUGUGGGAAACAAAUCCUAAUGCUAGAAGGUCGACUCUUCGACGAAGAGCCACGCAACGUCGCCUUUUGGUCACUAAUGCCAGAAGAACCAAUUCACCUCAGCCUCCUCCGGAAAAUCCUCAGAAUGACGAGGAAAUUUUCGAGAUCCCCGAAGAUGAUUACAGUCAAUUUCUUCGUGAAGAACGACUAGAGGUUGCUCACCACGAGCUCCCAACAGCUGAAGAAAGAGCAGCGAUUAUGGAAAGAGGGAUAAUUUGCAAAGGAAUAUAGGUGGCCAAUGUGCGAUCUGCCAGAGUGAGGAAGCGACAGUCACAUUUAUGCCCUGCAAGCACAAGGUGACAUGUCAAGCAUGUCAUCUCCAGUUGAGAGAAAGGAGUGAAGGAAAUUUUAAUUGC